AUGAUGUGCAUUAGAAAGCCUUGUUCAAUAUUGUUAUUAACAACACAUUUAAAGAUUUCUGCUCGAACCGAAUUUACCAACUUUAAGUGUAAGUCCUUGGAUAAGGAAUUUUCCGAUUUUGAGUAUUGCACUCUAAAGGCAGUAAACCGAUCGUACAAGUACAUCUCCACAAAGGUCAAACUCUUCCAAGUUCCCGUUACCAAAGUUAAGGUUAACUUUGGACUUUAUAAACGGUUCAGUGGUUAUAGGCCGUUCCUAUAUAAUGUAACCGUGGAUGCGUGUAAUUUUUUGAAAAACAAAAAGCGCAAUCCAAUAGCUAGCUACUUUUACGACUUUAUCAAGGAUAUAUCCAACAUGAAUCAUACCUGUCCCUUCGAUCACGAUCUUGUUUGGGAUAAGCUUUCCACGGAGCAUAUAAACCACCGUGUUACGAACAUACUAUCCUUUCCAGAAGGGGAUUACAUGAUGGAGAUGCAUUGGAUAGCAUAUGACAUAGUCCGCGCUGUGGUCAAUAUAUACGUGACUCUUUCAUAGUCAAGGAUACUUUUCUGUACUUCAAAAUAAAUGUAAUUACAUUAUCUUCGCUUUAUUGACGCCGCGUCGUAAUGAUUUUACAUACUAUGUCCCACUUUUAUGGACAAGGAAUAAAGUUGCGGUAUGAUGAUAUGGUAUUUCUGGUUAUCUUUGAAAUGGUGAUUGCACAAUGUUCCAGUGUUCCAAUGUUCCAGUCAAUUAAAAAUAUCUGAUCGUGUUUUAAAAAAAAAAAUAACAAAAUUAACUUUUAAACAAACUAAAAUAAUCGCACUCAGUUAUAUCCAUUUGGAUAUAUCGCUUAAUCUGGAAGUUCAGAAUAAUUAAAAGUGACUGACUUAGAAUGGAAAAUUUUCCUUUAGUUUUACAAAUCAAAAUGUGUCCAUUAAAACGUUUUUGCUUUGGCCUUAGAACCCAUAAUUAUUUUAACCUUUAACAUCCUUACUGUACUUCCUAAAAAUUAUAUAUUUUCCUUAUUGUCGAAGUAUUGAAAUCUUUUAAGUUUAAUUGUACGGUACCAAUUAAAAAAGCAUGAUCCAGUCAACUGCAUCAAGCUAUAAAUAAUAAUUAAAGAAAUUUAAAUAAUCGAUAGACUAUCAUCAUUACUUUUAGCAUGGGCAAAUCAUUUAUUCGCAGAUGAUAACUGAACUGAAUAAUCAAAGGUGAUGGAGGCAUACUACAAAUUUUGAAAUUUGUUUAUCUUAUGACCUCCAUGAAAAAAAUUUAUUCAAUAAACAUUUUUGGUUUGGUGUUUUGUUGACUUUAUCUGGGAUAAAUCAGGUCAGUUGGUAAAAAAGUUAAUUUUAAAAACAAGAGAAACAUCGACUAUCAAAUACCCGUUACUCAGCUAGGGGAGUGCAAGGAAAAUAUACGUUUGAGACGCAUUGGAUCACUAUUGAAGAUUUCCGCUCAGUAACCAAGUUUAUUUGGAUCUUUUGUAACCCAAAGCAAAUUCUUAAAAAAUUCUAGGCAAAUCAUUUUGUUUUUUAAAGGUUUUUAUUAAAUAGUAUAGAUAACAGCUACGAAGAAAACGGUUGUAAUGAGAGAAGUUCUUAACUGGCCCGGCAACUUUGAGAUGAAAU